AUGCUUCUUGUCGACGAUGCUUUCGAGUGGUCAGAAAGUCACCCAGAAGCUGUCCGACUUCUUACCGAAGUAGAGAACGCCGGUUCCCAGCAAACAAUCCAGCAGUUCCGGGCCAUAUUCUGCGAGAAGUUUCCCUCGAAAGCUGUGGAAACCUACAUCAACGUCCCGAAAGAAUCCCUUGCUUCAUACUUCAAGCGUGUCACCAACUUGAUGCAGAGAGUUGGGAUCAAGGAUAGGCCCGCUGCUACUCCCAGUGCUGCUUUUAGCCUCCUUGAAUCUACCAUGCUCGACACCAUUCUCCGUGCCUUCAUCAGAGGAUUGAAUGAUCAAGAGAUUCGAAAGGAAGCAACGAGAGGCAUGGCAUCUUCUGACAGAUCUCUACACAUGGUCUACAAUCUCGCGGAAGAAGCACGGCGUACCAACGCCGAAAUCCAGAAGCUCUUGGAUGAAGAAUCGAGAUCCGACCAGCUCCAGUUCUACAAAUCUCUCGUGGAACGAAACUUGCCAAAGCAACAGGUGGCUUCCUUGCUUGCUUCUCAUCAAGCUGCCAAAGCUCCGAGGCCCUCACAUUAUCAGUCUUGGUCCUUCCAUGCGGAUCCACCGGAGCAGCUGCCAGAGGCUUCCGCGGGACCUCAACGUUUCACGCAAUCCCAACCCCCAGAGUAUCGUCGUUCUUCACAUGAAGUUCCGGCUCCUGCUCCGGCUCCAGCUCCGAUCUUAGCUCAGAAUCCCAACAAAGGAAACGCUGGCAGGAGCGGACCCCCGAAUCCCAAGCUGGCAGUCGCUUCCGUAACUAUCAGCCUACCCCAAAAGAUAUACCCGAGCGUAGCACUUCGAAAACCCUUACAUCAAUGGCACAAUCCACUGGUCUUACGGGAAAGACGGUCAGCUAUGUAUCAAGUGUGGUACCAAGGGUCACAUCUCUCCUCAUUGUGA